UUCCAGGAUAACCUGUCUGUCGCUCGUUCCGUACAGCUCAAUCUAAUCCUUUCGCUCGCCCAAUACAACUAAUUCCAAACCCUCAAAUCCAUAAACGCCUAAUCAACUCUCCCCCAAGCUAGUACUAAACAACAGUCAAGAUGAGUUCCGGAGCUCUUACCACCUCGGCCUUCUUCACCUGCGACCCGGCGGCCACGGUCACCGCCACCGCGACCACCAAUGUCUACACCACCGUGUACACCACAACGGCCCUCGCAGCCAACCCCUCCACCUCAUGGAUGGCCACUUACACCGUCACCGAGGUCUGCACCGGCCAGCCCUGGGAGUACGUGACCAAGGAGAUCCCCCCUUGCUUCGCCCCCACCACCGUCUUCUGCGAGCCCUGCGCCCAAAAGACCAUUCCCAUCAUCUGCCCCAUCCCGACCCCGACCGCCGACGUCGUGAUCAACGGCGACGGUGUUACCGCCGACUCCAACCCCGUCAUCACCGCCGCCCCCUACGGCGUCUACGGAUCCUACGGCUCCUACAGCAACGGUAACGGCCAGGGUACCGGCAACGGAGGCGGCGCCAACAACAACAACAACAACAACAACAACAACAACAACAACAACAACAACAACAACAACAACAACAACAACAACAACAACAACAACAACAACAACAACAACAACAACGGAGGCGGCCAGCCCGGCGGUGGCUCCAACAACGGCGGCUCCAACAACGGCGGCUCCAACAAAUGGCGGCUCUACCCCUGGCGGCUCUUCCCCCGGCGGUGGUGCUGGAGGAAACGGUGGUGGCUCCAACGGCGCUGCUCCCUCUGGCAGCCAGGGCGCUGGAAGCUACGGCGUCUACGGCAGCUACGGCUCUUACAACAACGCUGCGCCUGGUGGUGGCUCCCCUGCUCAACCCGGUCAGUCCGGUUCCCCUGGCGCUGGCGGCGCUCCCGGUGCCGGUGGUGCCCCCGGUGGAACCCCCGCUCAGUCCGGCGCUCCUGGAGCCCCUGGCGCAUCCGGUGCUCCCGGCACUGGAGGCUCUUCCGGUGGUGCUGGAGGCGCUGGCGGUGCCCCUGGCCAGUCUGGCGCUCCCGGCUCCGGCGGUGGUGCAUCUGGCUCGACCGCUACCGGUGGUGCUUCCGGCUCCAAGCCGUCCACAGUCCAGGUUGCCUCCGCGCCGUCUCUCAAGAAGAGCCUCGGUCUCCUUUGCGGUAUCGCAAUGGCUGCCGGCCUUACCAUCUUUGCUUAAAUCGACUCGCUAAUUCUUUUCCAUUCCCAUCAUGCAUCUCCAUAACGCCGUGUGCUCGCGCCGAAAGAUCAAAAAAAGGGGAAAAGAAAAAGGUUGACGGGAGAAGGGUUCAUUGGAAAAAUGCGGUUAUUUGGAUCCUUGUUCUGUCUUAAUCUUUGGCUAUAAUUCCCGGGAGUUUCGAACUUUUUCAAACAUGAAAGAAACAUGUCGUUUUUAUUUACUAAUUGGCGGCAUUUGUGGGCUACUGCUGCCCACAGCGGAGUUGACAUAGGUGGACAAAGGGCCCAAAGGUGUUGCGAUAUUAUUUUGAAUCAAUAACGUUAUUGUUUUUUUAGAUUGAAGUACGAAUACAGGUUUUCUUUGAGGGUGUCUUUGCUAUGGCCUCUCACUCACACAUACCAUGUGCUUCCUUUUCCCCUUUGACGAAUGCUUGAGUGCUGAGAGGAUAAGGAGGGUGUUGGAGU